GACAGCAUCUCAUCACUGCCCUCGCAGACCUGAUGUUUGGAUUCAAGACAACUUCAUGGGAGCUGGGCCGUCAGCGAAGCGUCAUUGAGCUGGACACCCCCUCCGUGACGGCCGAGCAAGUGGAGGCCCUGGAGAGGAGCGUGAACGAGAAAAUCCGGGAGAGGGUACCCGUGGUGGUGAGGGAACUGGCUGCGGAUGACCCUGAAAUUGAAACGGUGCGAAGCCGUGGUUUGCCUGAUGACCACGUGGGACCAGUGCGAGUCGUGGACAUCGAAGGGAUCGACUCCAACAUGUGCUGCGGGACCCACGUCUCCAACCUGAGUGACUUGCAGGUUAUUAAACUCCUUGGCACAGAAAAAGGGAAAAAGAACAAAACCGACUUGGUUUUCCUGUCAGGAAACAGAGUGCUGAAGUCAAUCGAACAAAGUCACAGUACGGAGAAGGCUCUGACCUCGCUGCUGAAGAAUGGGCCAGGUGAGCACGUAGAGGCUGUGAAGAGGCUGCAGAGUUCCGUGAAACUGCUGCAGAAGAAUAACUUGAACCUGCUUAGGGACAUUGCUGUUCUGAUAGCCCGUGACUUCAAGAGCAAACCUGUUCAGAGCCGGCUGUUGGUGUUACACAGGAAAGAGGGUGAUUCUGAAUUUAUGAAUAUCAUCGCUAACGAGAUCGGGACAGAGGAAACCCUGCUGUUCCUGACGGUGGGAGAUGAGAAGGAAGCAGGACUCUUUCUUCUAGCUGGACCUGCUGAAGCAGUUGAGAAUUUAGGUCCCAGGGUGGCAGAGCUGCUGGGAGGCAAAGGAGCUGGGAAGCGAGGCCGCUUCCAGGGCAAGGCAACCAAGAUGAGUGGGCGAGGAGAAGUGCAAGCUCUGCUCCAGGAAUUCAUCAGCCAGCAAAGCCCUGAAGCGUAAGAAACAAUUCUCAAAGGAGGGCUGUUGUCUUCCCUGCUUUGCAUAAGCCCCACCAGCUCCUCUGUGAGAGAAUAAAGACGUAAA